UAAAAAAAAAAAUAAGUGAUAAAUGUGAAGGAGAGGCGAAGAAGAUGAAGACCAAGACGAAGACCAAUCCCAGCUGAUUCACGCUUGUACUGACUACUUCUCUCUCUCUCUCUCGGAGCAAAUCAUGGGAAUGAAUAAUCAAACGGUGUUAAAGGUGGGAUUGGUAGUGGUGGGGCUGUGCAUAGCGGGUUACAUACUGGGGCCACCGCUCUACUGGCAAUUCGUGGAUGGCUUAGCGGCCGUCCGCCACUCCUCCUCUUCCUCCUCCUCCUAUGCCUGCCCUCCUUGCCAAUGCGACUGUUCCUCUCAGCCCAUCUUGUCUAUCCCCGAAGGAUUGAGCAAUACUUCCUUUGCAGAUUGUGCAAAGCAUGACCCUGAGGUGAGUGAAGACACUGAAAAGAAUUUUGCGGAGCUAUUGACAGAGGAACUGAAGCUACGGGAAGCCGAGGCUUUGGAAAAUCAUCAGCGUGCUGACAUGGCUCUGCUUGAGGCAAAGAAGAUUACAUCCCAGUAUCAAAAGGAAGCAGAUAAGUGCAAUUCGGGCAUGGAAACAUGUGAGGAAGCGAGGGAGAAAGCUGAAGCAGGAUUUGUGGCUCAAAAGAGACUGACAGCAAUGUGGGAGCUGAGAGCUCGUCAGAGAGGAUGGAAAGAAGGGAUUACCAACUCUCAUGCUUAGGCUCAGGGACAUGUCCAGACUGCAUAAAAGACCAACCAUGGCCUCAUGAGAAAGUAUCCAAGGUAUUUUCUACUACAAGUUGAUUCUUUAUGCCGGCAGUGAUGAAUUUUUACUAGGCCUCACCUCAAAGAGGGGCUUUUCAUGAAGCUGUUCGCCAUCUUAAGCAAUCUAAAUUAUGUAAUAUCAUUAAUGGUCAAGUACAGAAACCUUCAUUAUUGAGCCCUCUGCAAUCCGCCAAGCUGCGCAAACAUGCCCAUAUUUCUCAAUUUUUUCCACCCCAAGUCGAGUUAAAGGUCCCACUAUAAGACUCACAAAGUACAGACAGUAAUAUUUUAGUCUUGUUUCCAAGAAAAGUUAGAAAUUGUGAUUAUAUGUGAAAAUAGUGUGCCAGAUAUUUAUCCCUUUCUUUACUAAAAAUGCAUAUAAUGCAUGGUGAAAUUUUUGUUA